AUGACUCCCCAGGGCCAGGUUCUCACCAGCGCACCAUCACCCUCCUCGUGCACUGGCCCCGGGACCCCUGGCGGACAGAAGCGCAAGACGUCCGCUGGACUAGCCAUGUCUCCUGCCGUAGCCGCACCCUCACUUGUCUAUGGGCAUCCGGGUCUGGCGAGCCAAUUGACAGCCGGACCUGCCGGCAUGGGUCUGUGCUCAGCAUCCGGUAUUCCCGUAUCCUCUGCCACCGUCUCCUCCGCUGGCCCUUGUGCCGGUCUGGCCGUGGCCAAUCAGACCACGGUGCCUCUGGUACAGACCGCUUCCGGUGUAAGCGAAGACGCAUCUGCUGCGGCUGCAGCUGCAGCAGCAGCCGCAGUGGCCGCGGCCGCGGCUGCAGCAGGACUCAGCCUAACCGGCUUGUCGACUCUACAGGGUGGACAAGCCCAUGUUGGCUCGAACGGUGCCUCUGCGGCUGGAGGCAUGUUGGCCGCGAAUGCAGGCUCUUUGCAGACUGGGCAUCCCGGCGGACUCGGUCUUGGGCCCGGAGGGCUGGGGGGAAUCGGACAAGUGUUGGCCGCGGUUCCGGGGCAGGCGGAUGAAAAGCUCAAUUAUACUGCACUUUAG